AUGGGUGAACUAGACUUGACCCUCGGGACCCUCUUAGUAGGCAUUAUGUUCAACACAUUUUUAUUUGGAUUAGUUAUGUUCCAGUUCAUCGCGUACUACAGAGGAAAGUUUAAUGACCCUCUGCCGGUGAAGUUAAUGGUACUCUUUCUGUUUUUGCUGGACAGUGUGCAUAGCAUAGCGUGCAUCUGGAUGGCAUAUUAUUAUUGUGUGACUGGAUAUGGUCAACCAGAGACACUUGGAGUUGCCAUUUGGCCGUACACCCUGACCCCGAUAGCCACUGGUUGGGCGUCGAUGGUCACGCAGAUCUUCCUGGGCUGGCGGGUAUACCGGUUCACCGAGAAUAUGUAUUUGUACGGCUUGAUUAUCGCGCUGGCAAUACCGUCGUGCGCCCUCGGCAUGACCUGUGGUAUCAAGGCCUGGAUUAUUAAGGAGGCGGCGAAAUUAUCCGUGCUGACGAACUUGGUUACGGCGUGGCUCGUGCUUCAAGUUGGUGUAGAUGCUCUGGUUACGAUCACCCUUGGCAUCAUCCUUGCUCGGUCAAAAACCGGCUUCCAAAAGACUGACACGGUGGUCAAUCGUCUCAUCCGUGGUGCGAUCCAGACUGGUCUCUUCGCCGGUAUUUUUUCGAUCGGCGACUUGAUCACCUUCACCCGCUGGCCAAACACCAAUUUCUACGGCAUGUUCGCCAUCCCUAUCGGCCGUGUCUAUACGAACACGCUUCUUGAUACCCUUGUCAGCCGCAACGAACUAAGGGCGCAACUGCACGGGACAGUUGAUAUGGAUAGCGCUAGACAGGCCCCAAGCCUGCUGAAAUGGGGACGUCGCAAUGCGCCUUCUUCCAGCAUCAGCACGACACAGGCAGCCUCGACAAAUAUCCAGCUGUCCGAGAUUUCCGUUCAGAAGGAAGUCGUGGUGUUUGGUGACGAGUCUUUGUCUGAGGCUGCAGAUGCCAAGCCUCGAAUUUCUUGCUAAAGUACUGUCGUGGUACUGGUUCUAGCAGCUUGUCCGUUAACGGCACUGGCUGGUCGUAGUUGGUUUAUUUUCUGCUCGUCCAUCCUGGUGCUCGCCUGAUGACUGUAAAAUGU